CGUCAUCAAAGUGACGUCAUUGGCUGAAUCUUUUGUUUUCGUAUCGCCUCUAUCGCCUCCGUUAUCUCGAAAUCCCCCCACGCUCAUCUCGCUUCUCGGGUUUCGUUUCUGCUGGAGCGAGGCGCUAGCCGCGCGGGAGGCGUAUGAAUCAACCCGUCUCUCCGUGGCACGCUAUGUCGUCGCACCGUCGGUGCGGAUCGUUGUGCGUCGACUACGUGAACUUGUGACGAGCGUCUACGGUGCACAAUGGAGCCGAGUGAAAAGUCACCGCUACUGUCGAGUGCGAUCAACAGGAAUGAAAGUGAAACGGGUUGCAGUUCGGCCGGCGUGAGCGAGAGCUUCUCCAGUCAUUCCUCUAGGAAACCAUUCCACUACCCCGUAGGCGAACAUGGUCACAUAGUACAUGACUCGGAUGCAAACGUGGCAGCAACUUACAGCCGAUACCGCUAUUACAACAAGCUGGUCGAUCCGUCACUGCAGAUGCUGUGCAUACCCGACCAUGUAGUUCCAGCGUACCUGUCAUUACCUUUCUUCAAGCCAUCUGCAGAGGGUGAACAGAGCAGCUUCGUGACAAUCUUUGCCAUAUGGAACACCAUGAUGGGUACUUCACUGCUCAGCAUGCCAUGGGCUAUGUCGCAGGCUGGCUUUGCUGGUGGCAUAAUGCUCGUCCUAGCCAUAGGACUCCUCUGUUUGUACACUGCAUACAGGGUACUCAGCAGCCCUAGCCUCACAGGCCUCAAAGGUGAACCGCUCGAGUUCUCGGACGUGUGCCGUCACUUUUUGGGUGAAUGGGGCGAGAGGCUGGCCAUCGUGUUCUCCAUGAUGCCUCUCCUUGGGGCCACUGUGGUCUUCUGGGUGCUCAUGUCCACUUUCCUGUCCAACACAAGCGUGUUCGUUUAUGAUCACAUUGCUGGGAUUAUUGGACCUGAUGACCAAAGUGCAAGUCUACUGUGUGCCAAAAGCUUUAGUGACUCUUAUGAAUCUGACGUCUUCAUGUUCUCAAAUGCAACAAACACUACAAACGACAUGAUCCUCGACGUUCUGGAGAGCAAGUACACAAUGCCCAUUGUCCUCGUGUUCCUGAUGUUUCCAGUCAUCAACCUGAAGUCUCCAUCUUUCUUCUUCAAGUUUACCUCUCUUGGAACUAUAUCUGUAUUCUACUUACUGAUCUACAUUUUCAUCAAGGCUGGCCAAUGGGGAAUCAACAUAAAUUUUGUGGACAAGACAAACCUCUUCUACACUCCGUUGUUUAAAACUACAUUUCCAGCACUGACUGGAGUCUUGUGCCUUUCCUUUUUUAUACACAACUGCAUCAUCUCAAUGAUGCGCAACCAGAGGAGGCCAGAAAACAAUAAAAGGGACCUGUCAAUUGCCUUUGGCCUCGUCAUAACUACGUACCUGCUUGUGGCCAUUCCAUUCUACAUCAGCUUUCCAAUGGCAAAAAGCUGCAUCGAAGAUAACUUGCUCAAUAACUUUGCCAACCAUGACGUGAUGGCGUUCGUGACGCGUAUUUUUCUCCUGGUGCAAUACAUAACAUUGUUCCCCAUGAUUACAUAUCUCCUGAGAGUGCAGUUUAUGCACUGGGUCUACCGUACUGUUUAUCCAGGGUUAAAGCAGGUGGUAACUGUCAAUGCAGUGGUGCUGACAAUGUGCGUUCUUUUCGCCAUAUUUUUGCCUCAAAUCGGCACCAUUUUAAGGUACUGUGGUGCCCUGUCCGGACUAGUGUACAUAUUCUCUCUGCCCUGUAUUAUCUACAUGGUUGCACUGCGGUGGCGUUACAAGCUGACUGCCAGCACAGUCGUGGUGCAUGGGUUCAUUAUUAUGUUGGGUGUAGCCAACUUUAUCUCCCAGUUCUUGAUACAGUACUUUGAAUAGGCUGCCAGCCAGAGUAAUGCACAGGUACCCUUUAUGUCUUGUGCUAUAUGCACGUUUGGUGAUCUAUCUCAGAUGAGUACAAUGUCGAACCUGUUUGUGAAUAGCUAAUUUAUGAAACAAUACGGAGGGACGAGCACCAACUCACAGGCAAGCUUACCUGCAGAGAAGCUCUGGCCAUAUUGCCUGAGGCAGCAAGUAUGCACUGAAAGUAAGCAGGACGUGUAAGCUCUCAAACAGAAAGCCAAUACGGAGAGACGAGCACCAGCUCACAGUUGAGCUUACCUGCAGAGAAGCUCAUGCCAUGUCGCCUGAGGUAGCAUGUAUGCACUGAAAAUAAGCGCUGUGUGUAGAAAAGCCGUAGAACACAUUUACUGUUCUAUAGUCUCAGGCAAUGCAGAAAAUGUAUGCAUAUUUAUAAGCCAUGUGCAUGCAAUCAGAGCUGUUGCUAUCACUUUCUUCAGUUUUGCGCCUACUUGCACUACCCUUUCUGUGCUGCUGGACUGGUAUUUUUGUAGUGAUGCCUUGGGGGAGGGGAGGAGGUAUGAUUCCAACACUUUCGCGCUUUAACAGUGGUCAGAGCGAUGGUCUGCCUACAUUACCAAUGACAUCAGCCAGCCACGAGUGGUGGAUCAUAAGACUAGUAUAGGCUAGUAUAGAAUUGGGCAUAAUGCAUCGCUAUGGUAUAAAAGUGCCCUGGUUUCAUACAGGCCUGUUACCAAGUAGCGACAUACCAAUGCACCCUCUUGUGUGAUGCAGUUGCACCACAGAGCAAUGUGAGGUCAUAAUCACAUUAUUAUGCAGGAAUUUUUGCCAUUUAGGCCACAGUUAAACUGAACAUUUAUGAACACACUACUUUUACAAGAUGAGAUAAAAACCCACAAACAGGCUCCUAGUGGCUACGUUGUAUGCCUAAAAACAAUUGCUCUGUUUCGCAUGUCCUAAAUAUUUAUUUAUUGCGACUUUCCUGGCCAUUUUAAAGCACAUAAAUUACAGGCCCAUAAAAAGUACUAUUACUACAAGUUUGAAAAUUAACUGCACAAAUAGCUCCUAAAUUGUUUUACACAUUGGUUGUGGGUAAAGAAUAUGCUUAUGAGGAUUCCUUCAACAAUGAUCAGAUACUGGGGCCUCAUUUAAUUUGCAUCAACCAUGGGAGAUUAUAAAAGUUGUUGCUUUUAAGCUUAAGUGUUGUUAGAUUUCUUUUAGCAUUACGUCACUAAAGUCUUUUACCCUGUUGUGCUCUGAAUGUCUUACAGAAUAUGUAUUCAGUGUCAAGAAGUAAUCUAAAUGUUUCUGUGAAGUUCUUUUUUUCUUUUUUUGUAGUUUAAUGUUCUAGUUUGAUGAGUAAGUUGAAAAGUUUAAAAAGUUAAAAAAAGGUUUUUAGUCCGAUGACUAAGUUAAAAAAAAAAAGCCACAUGUUGCAAGAAUGCCAUAAAAUGCCACACUCAUUCACUUACACCUUGUUUUUUCAAAGAAAAAAGAAACUCAUAUGCAAUAUGAAUUGAGCAUGGCCAUUCAAGCAUGUCAGUACUUACUGUAAUUGUGACAGUAUUAACCCUACAACAAGCCGAGCCAGCAGCCAUCUUGUUCUUUUCAUUGCACAUGGCUCUAGUCAGUAUGUCAUAUAUACUGGUUAUGCACAUGGCAGCCAUUUGGCAGCAUUCCAGCCUUGUGUAAGUUUACACAAGUCAUUAACUAGGGCCAAUACUCCUAUAGAUCCUGCAACCACAAUACUGAGGAAUGUGCAACACUUGAGGCGUUUUAUUACGUUUAAUAGUUUUACUUUUAAAAUUUUAAUGAUUUUAAAUUUAGUAAUUUAACAGUUUUACUCAUGUUACCUUUUGUGUGUUAUAGCAUGCUAAAUACUCUUUCCCGUUUUUAAGCAGAGAUGCACUUUACAUAUUGUUAUCUAUCUUAAGUCUAUUGAUGUACAGUUUGCAUCAAAUUUUCGAUUUUUAUAAGAGCAUGCAAGGCUCUGCAAGACGUUUCUGCAUGUUGAAUCUUACCCACUUGUGCCUUGAGCCUGUUAUGUUGGCAACGUGACAUCACACUAUGGGAUGAGAAUGCAACGUUGACAGUGUAUGUGACAGCCCGUAUGACACAUGUUCUUUCAUAUUCCAUGAGACUGUGCUGCUGUGUGCACACAUUCAAGCUGCGGGUACCAUACAGAACCUUUGCUGUAUAAUUGCUUGAAGCUUUAGAGUUUGCCAUGACGGGCCCCUAAACCACCCAGAGGCCGAAAUUUAGUUGUGGGAUUGCAGUUGUGCACGAGUCUACAGCGAACACAUAGCUGUGAGAAUGUUUUGAAACGGUGCUGUAAUAGCGGAGUUACAUGUGUUUGAUGAUCCAAAAGAGGCCCUCACUCGUUUCGCUCUUUCCUUUGCUACGCUCCAUUCAUUGGCUCAUCUUUCCUCCUGGCCGAGUGCUCCUGGAAGAGUGGAGAGUGCAUGUACCUGCGAGUAGACAAACCGGUUCUUUUUGUGGAUGACGAGCAGACGUGGAUGUUGACGUCACUUUGAACGCUGAGGUUUACUAAAAAGGCCCAGAGAGGAGAAGAGAUUGUUUCUUGGAAUUUGUGGGGUGUCCGUGGCUCGUAGCCCUGCCGCGUUUGGCAUUGUUGAUCGUUACGGCAUUCUGAACUCGAUGCGCGUGUUUACUUGAAAUGUAAAAAAAUGAUCAGAGGUGGUUUAGGGGCCCUUUAAGGAGUUUUACUUCAGCACGGUUUAAGAAAUUGUAAUAUUUAUUAAGCAAAGCACACAAUUUCUUCUGACAUCUGGGAAAGUAUAUAUAUAUAUAUUUUUUUUGCUAUUUUAUGCACUAGUGUUGUACAAAGAGAAAUGAGUUGCACUGACCUUCCCUCCUAGUCGUGCUGUGCAAAGUGAAUGGAGACUCUUGGAGCACAUUUAUUGCUCAUAUGCAAAUUUGUUGUGUCAACUGCAAAGACUUGUUUAUUGGAAUUUGCUCUAGAGUGUCCCAAAUAUUGGGUUUACGUAUGAGAUUCCAUGUGGUGGAUGGUUUAUCUAGGAAAUUCUUUCAGAAAUUAUAGAGUUUAUAUGAACUGUAUUUUGCAGACAAUUGAAAUAAAAAUAUUCCAGAACACUGA